AUUAUGUGGCAAAGUUCUCUGCUUUGUUUCCGAGAAAGUUGAAGCAGACAAAGCAGAAAAAUUUCAGAUUUCUCUUUUCUCGGGUUUUGCUUAGCUCAAGCACACACGCACGGACGCUCUGAUUCGUCUUCUUUCGUUUGUCUUUCUUUUCGGGUCGAAUUUUUGUUUCCUCUUUUUGACAAGUCAUUUUCACGAUUCGAUCUCGAUUUGUGUUAUUGUGUUGUUCUCGUUUUGAAGCUCAAGUUCCGAUCUUUGAGGAUUGAGCUGUAAAAAGUUCGAUUGAGAAGAGAGAGUGGUUUAAGGUUUAUGGUUAAAUUGAAACUUUCGGGAAAUGGGCUGUGAGGUCUCGAAGCUAUCUGCAUUCUGCUGCGUUUCAGAGUCUGGAGGAUCGAAUCCUGAUGUUACAGGCUUAGAUGAGGAAAGGAGAGGUGAAUCGGAUGAUUUGCCCCAAUUUCGUGAAUUCUCUAUCGAUACUUUAAGGAACGCUACUUCAGGAUUUUCAGUAGAGAAUAUAGUUUCAGAGCAUGGAGAGAGAGCUCCAAAUGUUGUGUAUAAAGGGAAGCUUGAGAAUCAGAGACGAAUUGCUGUUAAAAGAUUUAACAGGAAAGCUUGGCCUGAUUCUCGUCAGUUUUUGGAAGAAGCCAAAGCUGUUGGUCAGUUACGGAAUCAUAGGAUGGCUAGUCUACUUGGAUGUUGCUUUGAAGGUGAAGAGAGACUACUUGUGGCAGAGUUUAUGCCUAAUGAAACUUUGGCAAAACAUCUUUUCCACUGGGAGUCACAACCAAUGAAGUGGGCGAUGCGACUAAGAGUGGCUUUACAUAUUGCUCAGGCGCUAGAGUAUUGUACUGGCAAAGGACGUGCACUUUACCAUGACCUAAAUGCUUAUAGAGUUCUCUUUGCUGAUGAUGCGAAUCCAAGACUUUCAUGCUUUGGUUUGAUGAAAAACAGUAGAGAUGGAAAAAGUUACAGCACUAACCUGGCCUUCACUCCUCCUGAGUAUCUGAGAACUGGUAGCGUGACGCCAGAAAGUGUGAUGUACAGCUUUGGAACUCUGUUGCUUGACCUUCUCAGUGGAAAACACAUUCCUCCUAGCCAUGCGUUGGACCUCAUUCGGGACAGGAACAUUCAGAUGUUGAUGGAUUCAUGCUUGGAAGGCCAAUUUUCAAGUAACGAUGGGACUGAACUAAUACGUUUAGCUUCAAGAUGUUUGCAGUAUGAGGCCAGAGAGCGGCCUAACCCAAAAUCUUUAGUCUCUGCAAUGAUUCCUCUUCAGAAGGAUCUUGAGAUUGCUUCUCAUCAACUGAUGGGCAUACCCCACAGUGCGACGACCACGGCUCUUUCACCACUUGGAGAAGCAUGCCUAAGAUCAGAUCUAACUGCUAUACAUGAGAUCAUUGAAAAGCUUGGAUAUAAAGAUGACGAGGGUGCAGCCACAGAGCUUUCUUUCCAGAUGUGGACCAACCAGAUGCAGGACACUCUGAUCUUUAAGAAAAAAGGAGAUUCUGCAUUCCGAUAUAAAGACUUUGCAAAUGCCAUUGAAUGCUUCUCUCAGUUCAUUGAGGUAGGGACAAUGGUUUCUCCAACUGUUUAUGCAAGAAGGAGUCUGUGUUACCUGAUGAACGAGAUGCCUAAAGAGGCACUAAACGAUGCAAUGCAAGCCCAAGUCAUAUCUCCUGCUUGGCAUAUCGCAUCCUAUCUCCAAGCUGUAGCCUUGUCAGCUCUAGGUCAAGAGAACGAAGCUCACGCUUCUCUAAAAGACGGUGCAAUGCUUGAAAGCAAAAGAAACACUCUGUGAUCUAGUAGUAUAUAAUAGUUGAACGGAAACUCUCUGGCCUUUGACUCUUCAUCAUUUGUUUAAAAAUGAAAAGGCCCAACCGGGUAAUUAUCUAAAACUCAUUAACAGAUCAUGGAUUCAAAAUUAAUUUA